AUGAAGUACCUCAAAACGUCUGUCACUGGUGAAGCAGCUGAUUUACUCCGCAGCAUUCCAAUCAUCCCAUCAAACUUGCAAGUAGCUUGGAAAUCACUUGAAGAAAUGUACGGAGGCGAAAUUCGAAUCAAACAUUCCUUACUGCUCAAACUUCGCCAACUGCCAGAUUUGUCUAACAACAAGAAUCCCGCCGAUUUACAAAGCUACACGAUUCAAGCCGCUAUGAUCUUCGAACAACUACUGAACAUGCACUCUGACAUCGACAACCUCUCAACUUGCGAACUGAUUCAAUCGAAACUUCCGAAAAGAAUAAUCCACAAGCUGUACGGACAAGGAGAAUCCCAAUGCCCCAAAUCAACAAAGGAACUACUACAAAAAAUUAAGGAAAUCUCAAAAGCGGAGCGAUUGGUAGCGGAAAUUCAUAACAAGACCUCCAACGGACACCGGAAUGUGACCACAAUGUCAGCAAUCAACAACCAAUACCACCGAAGAAACCAGGACCACAGACAACAAACCAAUGGACAAAAUCAACCACCCAGACAACCAGUCAAAAUACCAUGCGCACUGAACCAAUCUUCACGUCAAGGAAUCAUCACAGGACAACAAAAUCAACACGCCAAUCGUCAACCUACACAUACGCAGCACUCCUCAUCUCGGCCAACAGCAAACAUGCUCACCGGAAAUCUACUGGACACGGAAAUAGUAACAACAACGGAUACCAAGGAAACGGAAACAACAACGGACAUGGAAGUUCAUUUGGGAACUCGGACACCAACGGAUAUCAACGCUAUCAAAGACGACAAUUUCAACGAAACCAAAAUCAGAGCCACUACACGCACGGACUCACGAACAAACACACUCCAUCUUUGCCGACGAAACACCAGACGACAUUCUAGCCGUGACUCAUAUCAACAACACAGAGCACGACCAUCCGGACAACAAACUACAUCUCUACACGGAAAUGAACACAUCGGCACCAUCUUCUUGGAUACAGGAUCCAAUACCAGCUACAUCUCAUCAUCAUUCGCUGAAAGACUACAACUUCUCCCAAUCGGUUCAAAGAAACUUCGGAUCAAUACUUUUGGAUCAAUCGACACUCGGUCAAUGAUUUCCAACAUCUUCAACGUACUGAUCAAAACGAAAACAUCAACAAAAUCGAUCAAUUUGUGUGAAGUACCACACAUAGCCAGCAACAUAAUCGCAGUGGAUGCAGAUAAAAUUACCUGCGACAAGCUCCUUCAAGGAGAGGAAAUUCAAUUGAACCGCCAACACAAAGACAUCGAUGUGCUCAUUGGACUUGAUCACUACCUUCUACUUCUCGGACAAGUGAAAACCCUUCGCUUAUCUUCUGGACUUCAACUUCACAUCACGGACUGCGGACAUAUCCUUUCUGGAAAGGAACACCCUCAACAAAACGUCAUCACCUUCUCCAACAUCGUCAACAACCAAAACACCAAGGACGAUUUAUGUGAGCAACUUCAAAAAUUUUGGUCACUGGAAUCAAUCGGAAUCAAGGAUAUCGAUCCUCAGUGCAAAGCAGAAGAAGAAACAAACCAGUUUUUUCAUCAGACGACUACUCGCCAAGCAGAUGGACGAUAUGUAGUACGACUCCCAUAUGCAGAUCAACGAAACAUUCCUUCAAAUCGCGCUCUAGCAUACGGACGACUACAGAGUGCUCUUCGACAACUCGAAAAGAACCCGGAAAUGCUCAAGAAAUAUGCUGCCAUCUUCACUGAACAACUAUCCUUGGAAUUCAUUGAAGAAGUUCCUGAUGAAUCCAUCUCAGACGGCCCCGUGGUAUCCUAUUUGCCUCAUCACCCUGUCAUCAAAGAAACUUCGAAGUCAACAAAAGUAAGAAUUGUAUUCGAUGGGUCUGCCAAAACCAACAAAGUGAGUCACUCCCUAAACGAUCAUCUUCAUACCGGAGAACGACUACUACCUGAUAUUGCUGCCAUAAUGCUUCGUAUUCGACAACACAACAUUCUCAUCUCCGGCGACAUCGAAAAAGCAUUUUUGCAACUUGUGCUUCAUCAAACCGACAGAGACGCGACUCGUUUUCUCUGGAAAGACCCUACAGAUGGACAUCUCAUUUGCUAUCGCUAUCGCAGAGUUCCAUUCGGACUAAAACCAUCACCGUAUCUUCUCAACAAAACAGUUCGGACUCAUUUGGAAUCAUAUGAUCAUCCCUGGGCUCAAGCCAUGAUCAACUCAUUCUACGUCGAUAAUGUCUUCAUGGGAUUGGACACCGCCGAAGAAGCUAUGGAUUUCUACGUUUUUGCCAAGAAAGUAUUCGCUGAAGCUCAAAUGAACCUAUGUCAAUUCUGCUCGAAUUCUUCAACCGUCAACACCUUCUUCGUCAAGCAUGAAAAGGAUACAACGAUUGACCGUAACCAGAAAAUUCUUGGAAUCUCAUGGGACACCGAAACCGAUGAAAUGAUCUUCAUGCUUCCAGUACCCAAAACAGAACUUCUAACGAAAAGGAAAAUCUUGAAAAUCAUCGCUUCUUGCUAUGACCCUCUCGGAUUUCUGACACCCGUUACACUAUACGGUAAACUAUUCUUCCAACAACUUGCUACCAAAGAUCAGAGCUGGGAUCUUCCGUUGUCACUCAAUCAACAUGACUCAUGGAAAAAUGUUUGCACAAAAUGGACAGGAUCAGAAUGGCGCCUAAAAAGGAAACUCUUCCCCGAUAACUUCAACAUCAAGACAGAUCAAUUGGAACUACACAUCUUCACAGAUGCCAGUCAACUUGCUUACGGCUCAGUUGCAUAUCUUCGGAUCACACAGUCGAAUGGAAAAACAGAUUCCAACUAUCUUCUAUCCAAAUCGAGAGUAGCUCCAGUCAAGUCCAAGUACAGUAUACCACAACUGGAAACUCUCGGGAUUCUCACUGGAGUUCGUCUUGGAAACUACUGCUUCCAACACAUUGGUCUCAAGAUACAUCAAGCAUACGUCUGGAGCGACAGUCUCUGUAGCAUUGAUAGUCUUCACACAAAAUCGACUUCUGGUAGCAGAUUUGUCAAAAACAGAGUACGAGAGAUCAACGAACUCGGAGAACGAUUCAUCUUUUCUCACGUUGCCGGAAAAAUCAACCCUGCAGAUUUUCUCACCCGUGGACUACCAUUCGAAGAGCUGAAACAAUCGGAGUUAUGGCUCGAAGGACCGACAUUUCUACAAUCUUCUGACCCACUUCCACUACGUCUCAAUUCAAAUUCAAUUGCAACAACUACCGUCACCUCUGCUCUAUCCAUCUCCCACCCUCCAGCAAUCAACGUUACCAGAUUCAGCUCAUUCCACCGUCUCCUUCAUAUGGUCAUGAUAUUGAUUCACUUCAUCACUCGCGGAAAAUGCUCAACACAAGAAAAAAUUGCUCGUUCGAAACGACUGAUUUUCCGAUUGGCCCAACGAAUCGAUCCUCCUUCCCCUGAAACAAUCCAAGCUCUUCAACUACACAAAGAUCAAGACAAUGACCUUUGGAUGUUCGAUGGACGUGUACCCUCAAGACCGCUGAUCUUCCUUCCAAAAGGAGACAUUUGUUAUCUUCUGAUAAUGGAAACUCAUCAACGAUACUUUCAUUCAAGUCCAUCAUUCACCCUCUCCAAGAUCCGUCAACAUUUCUGGAUUCCAAAGGGCAUCUCCUACAUUAAAAGAGUAUGUCAACAAUGUCUUGGAUGCCGCCGUAUCAACAUCACUCCGUUUACUCAACCACCAUUCCCUCCAAUUCCGGACAAACGGACAACACAUUCCAAUCCCUUCCAAUGCACUGGAACCGAUUAUGCUGGUCCCCUUCUCGUCAAGAUCAACAAUUCACCACAAAAAGUAUGGAUCAUCAUCUUCACUUGCCUCUACUCCAGGUACACCAGGGCCGAAGUCGUAACAGACAUGAGCACCAGCUCAUAUCUCAACGCCCUCCGACGACUCUCUGCAUUGUUUGGAACACCAAAGCAACUCCUGUCAGACAACGCUUCACAAUUCAAACUUCUAGAAGAUGUGUUCAAAUUGAUCAAGAACAAAAUCUCUUCAAACGUCAACAUCAUAGAUUCAACUACGUUCCCCACCAUUCACUACAUCACACCUCAUGCACCAUGGGAAGGAUCUGUAUAUGAACGCAUGAUUUCACUCAUCAAGAGAGCACUUCUCCGAGCUGGUUCCUCAACAACACUCUUCGCAUUGGAUGACUUCCGUACACUCCUUGCCGAGUGUGUCAGCACCAUCAACAUGCGCCCUUUGACCUAUCAGACCACCGAUGAGAAUAUCGAACCACUCACUCCAACGGACUUCGUAUUCCCUCAAAGACGGCCGUCUAAUGACUUGCUCAUUUUGAACACACCUCAAGACUUUGACGAUCUUCCAUUAUCGAAACGAUCAUUGGCUGAGGAUUGGCAACGUCUGUCAUCAAUGACGGAAACAUUCCAAAGGAAAUGGCACCAAGACUACAUCAGCGUUCUACAAGCUAGAAGAGACUUCUCUCAUCCUCAAGGAAAGACUUCUAGCUAUCAGCCUGAAAUUGGAGACAUCGUCCUCAUCAAUCAACCAUCCAGCAAGUCUACUACUUGGCCUCUUGCAAGAAUUCUGGAAGUCAAGGAAAGAUCGGCUAUCGUCAAAAACGGAAAAACAAAAAGGAUCGUGGAAUAUCCACUCAAACUCCUCUUUCCCUUGGAAAGACCACACACACCAGAUGUUCAACAAUCUACAGAUGACUCAUCUUCCACGCCGACAGCUGACGCCAAUGAUUCAGUUCCAAACCCAACUUCAACUGAAUCCACAACUACAGACAAUCAAGGACCGCAACUACGACGAUCAACCAGACUGAGGAUGCCCACUCAAUUCUUCUCAGCAAUCACCAUCUUGGCACUCAUUACUGGAUCAUCAGGAUUCGAAAUUUGUCAAUGUACAAAAACACCGAUACCUACCACCACUGACUCAUCACCAACUACUUUCGGCUAUCUUCAUCAAUGGAUCACUAUCGUAUUGUUUCUACUAAUGUUCUUUGGAAUUUAUGGAUGGAUCAACUUCAUUCUCAUACUACAAUGUCUCUUCACGUGGAUCGAAAAAUGCAUUCAAUGUGUGUUCUCAAUCGUUCGUCUCGGAUCGAAACAAUGUCGUCAACACCAUCAAAUUUCUCCAACCAUCAUCGUACUCCUAUGUCUGAUUCAAGGAUCUUACAGUUGCAACGAAAUUGCUUCUAUUCAAGAUGAUGUAUGCACCGCUUCAGCCGAUGGAAAAACUUGUCAUCUCAACAAAGUCGUCUCAAUCAACAUCCGUCCUAACAGUCAAGUCGGAUGUUUCACCAUCUCCAACAACGUCAAAGAAGUCAAAAACAUCGAAGUACGAGCAAACUCCAUCAUCUCCGAAUGUAACGAAAGAAGCCAUCACUUCACCCGCCAGAUGAAGAUCAAUCAUUUCUUCUCACAUCGAUGUGCCGGUAUGAGAAGUUGCAAAGGAUCUACAUGUGAAAACUUGAAUGCAGAGGAUGGCGUUCCCGAAUUCCCAGCAAUAGCCAUGGAUGGACCAGGAUUCAGUAGAUGCUACAGAAGCUGCGGAUGUGUCACCUGUGAUUGCGGAAGUUGCUCACCAUCAUGUCUCUUUUCCAGAAUCAGUGCAGAGCCCACUUCAUUUUCUAUAUAUGAAAUUUUCCAGUGCCCGACAUGGAACACACGGUUGGAAAUCAGUGUCACUAUCAACAACAAUACCACAGUCUACGAAGUUGAUCAUGGCAUUCCACUAAAAUUGGAGGAUAACAUGUCCCUGAUUGUCACUGGUUUCUCGAUUCCACCAAGCCCAAUUCAUGGAGCACUAUUCUUGAGAAGGAUGAACUUGGACGGACCAUCGGACAUCUCCUACUCCCUAUCUCAGCCUGCUCAAGCGGGAAGACCUCGUCGAGGAACACUCAGUGAAGUCCAAUGUGCCACGGCUAAGGACGCAACCGACUUCAACUGUUUGUUUGACGAAAAUGUUUGCACUUGUAUCACCCAAGGAAUUGCUCUGAAAUGCGAAUGCGAAGUAUUGGACCUCGAAGAAAUCAUUCUUCCAAGAAUCAUUUUGACAGGAUACUUUGUCAGAUUCAUAAAAUUCUGA